UAAAAUCUUUAUUAUAUAUUUAUAAUUUUUAUACAAAUAAGAAAGAGAAUUGUUUUAUAUAUAAUGAUGAUGAAAAUUGUAAAAAUUACAUAUCUAAUAUUAUGUGUUAUAAAGAUGAUCAAGUAUUCACUAAUAACAUGUAUGAAGAUGGAAAUGAAUAUUACUAUAAUGAUGAUAUCUAUAAGAAAAAUGUAUAUAAAUCGAAAGAUCAUCUAGUUAUACCAUCUAAUGAUUUAAUUAAUUAUAAAAUAAAAGAGAGUCAAUCAGAAUAUAAUAAUUUUAAUAAUAUUUUUAUUAAUGUAGUAAAUGACAAAUCAGGAUUUUUCUUUAUUUUUAAUACUAUAUAUUUUACACAUUUAAAAAAUUUUUUUUAUUUUGUUGAUAUAUUGAAUAUUUUAAAUUAUAUAGGAAAGAAUAAAAGUAUCAUAAAUACAGAUGAAAUAAAUAAAGAUAUAUUCAUAUAUGAAAAAAUGGCAAUGUUUGUAGAAUAUACAUAUGAUAUAUUUGUUAAUCAUAAUAAAAGGGCUUCAUCAAAUAAUAACAAUAGAUUUGGUAACAACACUUGUUGUGGUAACAACAAUAGAUUUGGUAACAACACUUGUUGUGGUAACAACAAUAGAUUUGGUAACAACAAUAGUUGUGGUAACAACAAAUGUUGUAAUAAUAUGCGUUUAGAUUUAUUACAUACAAAAUUAAUGCCAUCUCUUAAAAAAGAAGAAAAUAAAGAGACAAGAAUUGAUUAUAUAAGAAAAGAAUUAGAAAAAUUAAAAAGUGAAAAAUCAUAUGAAGAACUUUUAUUUAUAUCUAUGAAUGAAUGUAAUAAAAAAAUAUAUAACGAAAUUAAUAAAAUACCUGAAUUAUUUUUUGAUAUAUCUGAAAUUAGUGAAUAUUCAUCAAAUGGUUUAAUAAUAUCUAGCGAUAUAAAUAAUUAUACAUCAUAUCCUUUAUUUAAUAAAAUGGAUAAUAACGUAUUAAAGGAUAAUAAAGAAAUGAACACCCAACUUGGAUUAUAUGAUAAAUUAAAACAUAAACUUAGUUCAUUUACUUCAUCGAGGUUGGGGAAAAAAAAAAAUUCUAUAGGAAAUACGAGUAAUAGGAUAUUUGUUUUUAAAAGAA